AUGGAGCUCCAGUUCCAGCGGCCACAGAGCCAUCCCCAGCAGCAAUGCAACAACUACCAAGUGCCAGUCACAAAGGUAACCAAGCCCAGAGGGAGAAGCAAGUACGGCGGCGGCGUCAAGUUUGUGGGUGUCAGGCAGAGGCCAUCGGGGAGGUGGGUGGCUGAGAUCAAGGACACCACCCAGAAGAUACGGAUGUGGCUCGGCACGUUCGAGACCGCCGAGGAGGCCGCGCGGGCCUACGACGAGGCCGCCUGCCUCCUCCGGGGCGCCAACACGCGCACCAACUUCGCCAUCGGUGCGCAUGCCUUGCCACCGGACUCACCGCUCGCGGCGAGGAUCCGCGUCGCCCUCAGCCACAAGAAGCUCGAGAAGACCGCGUCCCAGCCCACCAUCACCUUCAGUCCCACAGCGUAUUGUCACGGUGGCGCCAUCACCACAACCGCUGCAGCCAGCACAAGUACCAGCACCAUCACCGCAACCACCAGUAGCGUCAGUCCUAGUAGCAGUGCUAGCUCAACAAUCAACUUUGCCAUGAACAGCGGCGGCAUUCGUACUCCCAUCCUCUCUGCUCAAAGCAUAACCGAGGAACCCUACAGGCCAUACUUGAUCAGUGGAAGUGAACAGUUCCAGCUAGCCGCGCAACAGUAUGAACAGUCAUGGGCACUCAACACCAGCCUACCGUCGACAGACGGAUGCGACAUGGCUAGCGGCAAUGCUUUCACAGUGAUCGCAGGGCUGGACAAGAUCAAGCCGGAGAAACAAAGCCCUCCUGCAUCACCCCAUGGCAUGGGCAGAGUUCAGGACCAGGAUUUCUUUGACACAGGAAAUGAUCCAUCUGACUCCUUGUGGGACCUGCCACCUAUUUGCCCACUGUCUUGCAGGUGUUUGAUGUAUUAGAUUAGAUAAAGAUUUUACACCUCCAAUCUCAGUGUUCCUACCUUUUGGGUCCGUUUUCUGCUCCUAGGAGCCAAUUCCGUACAGAAGUGUAUGAGGAAUGAUGACCAGCAACAGCAAGCAGAGUAAUGUGACGGAUAUAUCUUCGUCUAGAUAACUGGCUUUUAAAGAGUUGCACUUCCUUUUCUUUUCGUUUUGUUUUUGUCAAAUAACAGACUUAGCUCCUUUUAACUUACA